AUGAGUUCCGCAAAAGCUGAAAAGACUUCAAAAUCUCUAUCAGAUGAAGAAAGCUUAACAUCUGGUAGAUUCUCAAGCUUCUUUAUAAAGAAAGGUGAUUUAUCAAAUUUUGAUACAGCAGAUGAUGCAUUCCGUUCCAAGAUCAAUCUUAUAAACGAUGCCCUUGAUGAAAUCGGAUUCACUUGGUAUCAUUUCAAAUUAUUUUGCUUAAACGGAAUGGGUUAUGCUGUUGAUUCUGAUUUAACUUUUUUACAAAGCUCAGUUGCACAAUAUGUUCGUUAUCAAUAUAGACAAGGGUUCCCUGCUGAUUCGAAUGCUUUCUUUGCAGGUUUAUUCUUUGGUGCUUUAUUUUGGGGAUUUGGAGCAGAUCUAAUUGGAAGAAAAGUUGCAUUCAAUUCAUCGUUAUUCAUGAGUUCAAUAUUUGCUAUAUUAACAGGUUGUAUGGGGAAUUUUGGUACUUAUUGUUUAUUUGUUGCAUUGACCGCUGCUGGUGCUGGUGGUAAUCUAGUUAUGGAUACAACUAUAUUUCUAGAGUUUUUACCUCAUAAGAAUCAAUGGCUUGUUACUUUAAUGGCUGCCUGGUGGUCUAUUGGUCAAACAGUCGCUGUUUUAACUGCGUGGUUAUUCUUUAGCCAAGAUAAGUUUAUCUGUCACAGCGAGGAUGAUUGUUCUGAUGCUAGUAAUAGAGGGUGGAGAUAUGUUUGGUUUGUUAACGGUGGAUUGGUUCUAAUUAUUGCAAUACUGAGAUUAACAAUUAUUGAGCUUCAAGAGACUCCAAAAUUCCUGGUGGCUAAUAAUCGUGAUAGGGAAGCUAUCGAGACACUACAAACAAUUGCAAAUAAAUACAAUAGGACUUGUUCAUUAACAUUAAAAGAGUUGGAAGCAUUUGGACCAAUAACUUCAAAUGAAGAUUAUUUACAAGAGAGUUCAUUUAAAACUACCUUUAGACUCAUUUGGAAACAUAUAAAGACUUUGUUCAGUAAUAGAGUUCUUGCAUUGUCUUCAACAUUGAUCUUUUUAUCUUGGACUUUGCUGGGAAUUGCGUAUCCAUUAUACACAAAUUUUUUACCAAUUUAUUUAGCUACAAGAGGUCCCAAUAUUUCACCUCAGACAGUUAGUGGUGUUUAUAGAGAUGCUGUGAUUUCUAAUGCUUCGUCAAUGGGUGGAGGAUUGAUUGGUGGGUUUUUGUUGUACUAUUGUCCAGUAUUGGGUAGAAGAGGCGUGAUGGUGAUAGGUGGCCUUUCAAGUAUGGCUUUGUUCUUUGGAUACACUCAAAUAAAGACAAGGCAGCAAAAUGUUGGGUUAUCAAGUGCAGUUUAUGUGGCUAUUUACAUUUAUUUUUCAUGCCUUUAUGCUUAUACACCAGAAAUUAUGCCAUCAAAUGCUAGAGCGACUGGUAAUGCUCUAGCAAUCUCUUGUAUGAGAGGUAUGUCCUGCAUUGUACCUGUUAUUGCUUAUUUCGCUGAUACUGGUACUUCAGUUCCUAUUUGGAUUUCUGGUGCCUGUAUUGGAAUCAUUGGUAUUUGUUCAAUAUUCUUACCUUUUGAACCAUCGAAGCAACGGAUUGGUUAG